UUGUGCGGAAAGAAAAACAAUUGCAUGUAAUGCUUCCUUGACCCUUGAUGUUCCCACUAGAUGGAACUCCACUUAUACCAUGUUAGAGGUGGCGGUGAAAUAUGAAAGGGCCUUUGAUCUAAUGAUAGACGAAGAUUCAAAUUUUGUAACAUAUUUGUGUGAUGAUGGGCCAGGGAAAAGGGGGUUGGGGCUUCCAAAUGAUGAUGAUUGGGCUAAUGUUCAACACUUUAUAAAAUUUUUGAAAGUGUUUUAUGAUGUGACUAUGCAAAUAUCGGCUUUCUCGUACACAACUACCAACAUAUAUUUCAAAACUCUGCAGAAAGUUUAUAAUUGUUUGAUUGCGUAUUGUGGUAGUGAUGAUGAUAAGUUGAGUGACAUGGCUUUCAAAAUGAAACUGAAAUAUGAUAAGUAUUGGGGAGAUUUUGAUAAAAUUAAUCCAUUGUUGUUCAUUGCUUCUGUGCUUGAUCCUCGUUACAAGAUGGAAGUAUUGGAGUUUUGGUUCUUGAGUAAUAUAGGGGAAGCAAAAACAGACCGAAUUGUCUCCAAGUUGAAGAAUAUUUUGGAACAAUUAUAUAGUCACUAUGCUAUGCAUGAUGGAGAAAGUGGGCCUAGUAGGGCAAGAAUGUCAAAUGAAGGUCGGAUUUCAACCUCAUUGGGUGUGGGACUGGGUAGUGGUACUUCUUCUGAUCCUCAAUUGAAUAAAGAUGCUUUGAAGGACUUCCAUACAUUUCGGGCAAGGAGAAAUUUGAUGCUAGCUCGGACAGAGAUAGAAAAAUAUUAUGUGGAGGGUGUUGAGAUACCAAGUGAUACAUUUGAUAUCUUAAUGUGGUGGAAUGUAAACUCAGCAAAGUAUCCAGUUCUUUCCCGGAUUGCGCGAGAUGUCUUAGCUAUUCCACUUACCACCGUUGCUUCUGAGUCUGCAUUUAGCACUGGAGGUCGUGUCAUAGAUUGUUAUCGGAGUUCUUUAGCUCCAAAAACAGUGGAGGCUCUUAUAUGUACUCAGAAUUGGUUGAGAUCUACUUGGAGUGAGCAUAACGAGCCAAACAAGGACUUGCUUUUGCAGCUUUUUCCUAGUAUUGAAGAUGAAGAGAGCUACAAGCUUGACUCAGAAAUUUUGUCUAAUUCUGUCACACUUGACGACGAGUAAGGCUCGAGGGAUGUACUUUGUCAAAAAUGUUUAUUUGGUAAGUUUUUUACAUCCUAUUAUUAUCUUACUUGAUAUUUACUUCUUGUCUUCUUUAUAGUUUAUAUGGUCUUUUAUUA